AUGUCAUAUAGUCAACGGGACUAUUUCACACCCAACGCGUGGGACGAAGCUCGACGAUACGAGCAUGGGAGAAGAAGCAACCGGGUGAGCCCUUCGGAUGGAUCCGAAAAUGCAAUCCGGGUGCCACAACAGGCAUCGCAUCACGCUGGAUCCCGCAACGGUGAAGGCAAUCCCACACCACUUCGUUUUCGACAACCACCCAUCCCACACCCGGGAGCGUCCGAGGGACAAGAGCAUGGCUCUGCAAGAAACAACAACCGGCCGCAAAGGCCACCUAGCUCGCGUACCAUGAAUACGAACGAAGGUUCCGAACGGAACCAGGCACAAAGCAGUGCCCGAGUAGAAUCUGUGGAAUCCGCACCACCCAUGCGGAACAAAGGAAAAGGGCGGGCCACGUCAUCAGACAUGGAGAGAGCAGACGCGCGAGAGAGGAAGUUGGCGCGAGAAUACGAAAGAGAAUCCGUGAAGAAAGAGUCAGCUACUUCGUCUAGACGGAUGAAGGAAUGGGUACAAGAACAACGGUUGGCCGAUAAACGACAGACCAUAAUGCCAUCGCCUACGCUCUCGCAGGGCGCAUUCACCGAGUUCCUUGUACAGAUGAGGAUACGGGAGGACGAGACGGGGACUCGACUGUCCACUGACCAGAUCAAUGAGCUGGUCCGCGCCAUACAGGCCGACAGGGCCACACGCGAUAGGCGAUACAACGAUAGAGUGCCCACAGCUGGGCAUGUAGCGCCGACAGGCGACGGCAAUGGCACCGGCGAGCCAAUACACCCCAGUUGGGACAUGCGAGUGGCGUUGCAACGAUGGCGAAACAGCGCCAUGGCCCAGAACGAGUACACUGAAAUACCGGAUCAGGGCAUUAUAUUUGAUGAUGAUGGUAGCCCAAGGGAGCGUUGA